CCGCCAUGAAGACGACGUCAUUUCAUUAGCAUAGACCUCUCAGUAGCAGAAUAACAUGUGGUGGAUGAAAUAGGCCCAGGGAGAACAGGACAUCGUAGUGCUUCGUCGGUGUACGUAUCCUUGGAUUUUCUUUUCACACAAGUGUUCCAGUUUCAUUGUUUUUUGCUUGGGGUUACCCCAAACAGAGGUUACUGAUGUGUGGCGCUUUUCACACGGGACUGACUGAGUGAAGAUGAAGUCAAACAACUAUCGAGAGCAAGUGGCUCUUGUGAUCAGUUGGUUCAAAGACUGGAGUGAGUGUGAACAAACAGUUGCCUUGUAUUCUUUGUUGAAGAAGAGUUCACCUAUCCAGGCUAAAUUCUUGGACCAAGUACUUCAGCAGUCGUUAGCAGAUUGCACUGAUGUGAAGCAGUGGGAGGCAAAGGCAAAUGAUGAAGUGUAUGUACGCAGCUUAUACAGCGAGGAGAAAGAAAUCGUGAUCCACCAGCUCCUUCAGCUGUUGCCUCUCCUGCAGGUGGGCAAACACUCUGUCAAGGCUGCGUACCUACAGCUGAUUCCCGAGCUGCUGAGUCAUACCAUACACAAUGGAGUGAACAUUGAGGAGAGCAGACAGCUGCUCUCUUACUCUCUCAUCCACCCGGCGAUCACUGCUGAAGAGCGAGGGACCUUCCAGACCUGGCUGGGUUGCCUGGAUGAGCGUUUUACGUACAGCGUGCCGCUUAGCAACGGCCUGAGCAGCGGUGGUAGCACCACCAACAGCUCCACGGGAGGCAGCUCCAGCAACAACAGCUUGAGUGUGGGCCUCGGCCCCAGCCACAGCCCCAGCCCCGGAUCUUCCUCCCAGCAUUCCCUGGCCCACCUCUCCCCGGACUUGUCGGUGUCGCAGGAGUACAUCAACACCAUCUCCACAAAUCAGGGUCUCGUGCAGCAGCAGCAACAACAGCAACAACAACAACAGCAGCAACAGCAGCCUGCCCAGAACCACGGGCACUCUUCACCUUCGCCUGUCAUCGGCUCGGGGGCUCAUCCGUCAUGGCAGCAGUCGCAUCAAGGUCAGGGACAUUUUACUGGGUUUGACGCCAGUGCUGCUAUCAAUCCCCCCGUGCCCAACGGCGACACAUCUGGGUGUGCCCAGUACAUCUCCACGUCAAAUGGACACAUGGCCCUGAGGGCUACCAACAGCCACGCUGGCGCUUUCGGGGCCUCGCACGGACAUAUUCCUCUCCACGCCACUUCUUCAGCACCUUCCAACUUCAACUCUAUGCCUCCUUCUGGACCUAUUGCCCCCCAAGGU